AGUAUUAUUUAGAGAACGAGACAGGUUCUCUAUGUUUGAUACAAAUUUGGGGGUGGACGAGUGCGUAGCACGAGUCUACCCCCAAAUUUGUAUCAAACAUAGAGAAACUGUCGAGUCUCUCUAAAUGAUUUGUGACACGAUUCAAUCAAAAUGAGCAACUGGCACUUCUAACUGAUCAGAAGUGUCAUGUAAAUUUCUCUUCUUCCUAAAUCGAAAAAACGGGUGCAUUCCCGGGUCAAUAAGUGUAUUUGAGUUAGAUGUUUAUUACACAAUUUCCGCAGAUCGGGUGAGACUUUGUAUCAGUUUAGAUUUGACCACAGCUAGGGUAAGAUGGACGGUAAGAUGGACAUGAGCUCUCUUGAUUUCCUAACGGACGAGGUAGACGAUAUUACCUUAUCGCAGGUAUGCGAAAGUAUAGAGACAGAGCAUCACGUGUUUGAAGGACUUCAAAAUCUUAGUUUUUGCGACGAUUCGAAUGCGGGCGAUGCAGACAGCUUUUUAAUGGACUUUGAUUGCGGGGAUAUUAUGACUUUAAUGGACUGUGACGUUCAGAAAAGCGAAAUGAAAGAAAACACUGCAUCUAGAUUUGGACCAGUCGUAAACGAUGACGAAUUAAGAAAUCUUAUUGAAGGUCAGGAAAACCGAAACACAAAAUAUAAUACAAAAUGGGCCUUGAAUGUGUUUGAAAAAUGGCGCGAGCAGAGGGAAGGGGGCGUUAUAGAACUUCACUUAAUGGAUGCUACAACCAUGAACCAUUGGCUUGAACGUUUUAUUGUUGAGGCUCGAAAGAAAGACGGAUCAGAAUACCCCCCGAAAUCACUGUACCUUAUUUUGUGUGGACUUUUGAGGCAUUUGAGACAGAGAGGUGUAUAUGAUAAAAACUUUCUUGACGAGAAAGAAACAUUUUUUAUUGGAAUGAGAAACGUUUUGGACGCAAAAAUGAAAUCGCUCAUUGAUCGGGGAGUGGGAUGUGAGAUCCGCCAAGCUGAUCCUAUAUGGCCGGAAGACGAAGAGAAAUUAUGGCAAGAGGGUGUUUUUGGUAAAGAGAACAGCGAACAGUUACAACAUACACUGUUUUUUUAUUCGUGUAAAUUGUUUGGUUUAAGGGCGUGUGAUGAACACCACAAAUUGCAGUGCGAACAAUUCUCCAUUGGAAACGAUGUUCAUGGACAGUUCAUUCAGUUUCAUGGGAGAGCAUCGAAAACUUACAAAGGCGGUUUGGGGCAGAUGAAUGUACAGACGAAGAAUUUGAAGCAUUACAGUGAGCCUGGUAAUCGGUGCUUAGCAGAGUAUUUCCGGAUCUAUCUUGAUGCUCUAGACGGCCAGGGGCCAUUCUAUCGACGUCCUCUACCUGGAACCCCCGACAGGCCAAUACGCUACGGCACACAGGUUGUGGGAAUAAAUAAAAUAAAAACUUUUAUGAAGUCUAUUGCGAAAAAAGGGGGACUACAAGGGAAUUAUACAAAUCACAGCGGCAAAAAGACGUGCGCAACACAGCUUUACGUAGGUGGAGUCCCGGAGGCCGAAAUUAUGUCCGUGACAGGGCACCGAUCACAACAAGGAGUGAGGAAAUACAUGCGAAGUAACGUUGACAUGAAAAAGAAUAUUUGCAAGAUCUUGGGUCCGCCUAUAUCAACAUCGGAGGAAUCGCUGGAACCGUCAACAACCCAGGAGUCGCUGGAACCGUCUUCAUCAUUGCAGGAGUGCAGAAAACGGUCCUUAUCUCAGGUAAAUUCGGAUAAUUCUGAAGACGACGCGAAAAGGUUUUGCCCGGAAAACCAACACAUUUUAAAGGAAUUGUCCAACACUGCUUCAGUUUUUAAUAACUGUCAGUUUUCCUUUUCGUUCGGACCUUAAUAACUCUCAGUGGAAUUAAGUGUAUGUGUUCCUGAAUGUUAAAAAUGUCUUAAUUCUCUUUGGGAAUUUUUAUUGAGAUGUCCAAGAAGGACCUCUACUCCCUUUCUUGCUAUGUUUAUUUUAAUAGUUUUGAAUAUUAUUUGCAUAUUGAUUUCUUAAAAAUUGAAAUUAAAAUUGAAUCUGUUGUACUGAUUGUUGCAUUGAUUUUUAGAUCGUUCUGUAUUUAAGAUACAGAACAGUUGGCUAAUACAGAAUGGUUUAUUCGGUAAUACAGUACAGUUUAUCACCUAAUACAGUACAGCAAAUAGCUCCGCCCCCAGUAGCCUUGUACUGUGUUGUUAAUACA